UUUCUCUUUAAGCAAUCUUUCCGGUAAUCCGGUGAUAUAGUCAACCGUUCAGUUGAAAGCACCGUGCUACCUUUUCCUGUGCGUGCGUGUGACAACGAGCGCGGAUCCGCUCGCGACGUAACACGCUCAGGAGCCGUCAACGUGUUUACCUGAACGGUGAGGAGACAACGGAGAGAGCCAAUGUCCUCAUUUACCGUUCAUCGCACUCCUCGCGUGUCCAGAGCAGUGAUUGCCCAGACGGUGGAAGCGAAUCGGUGCGGGAAACGCGGUGUGCCCGAGCGAAGCGCGAGAGAGGCGGCCAGCACACGCCACGGCAAAUGGCAACUUGUGCAGUGAGGAGUCUUUGCAGUGUGCCGGAGGCGACCUCAGAUUCAGAUGAUGAAGACAAACUGCAGAUUGUAGAGGAGGACGGUGUUGCUGAGGAUCUUGACCAAAAGCCAACAGUAUUACAGCUGAAAGCAGCACAGCAGAACUCUGACACGUGCACACAAGACGAUGGCAGCCUGGGGCCAGAAACUUUAAUACGAGAAAUAAGGGUCAAAGAGGAGUGCGUCAGUGAUGAGGAAGAUGGUGCUCAAGAUGAAGCAACCAGUGAGGAAAAGCAGACCAAAACCGAGCCUGUUUACCCAGAUGCAGCAGAGGAGCAUCAGAGAACGCCGGAGCGAGGAGUCCACGAUGAGAACGGCACCCCUGAUGCGUUUUCACACCUGCACAACUGUCCGCACUGCUCUCGCGGCUACAAGCGGCACACGUCUCUGAAGGAGCACAUCAAACUACGCCAUGAGAAGAACGACGACAACUACUGCUGCUCCCUCUGCAGCUACACCUUCACCUACCGCACGCAGCUCGUCCGUCACAUGACAGCACACAGACAGCUCCGAGAGAAGCGGACUGUUACGCAGUCGGGAAGCAGGAAGUUUAAGUGCACAGAAUGCUCCAAGGCCUUCAAAUACAAGCAUCACCUGAAGGAGCACCUGCGCAUCCACAGCGGUGAGAAGCCAUAUGAGUGCCCCAAUUGUCGAAAACGAUUCUCUCACUCGGGAUCCUACAGUUCUCACAUCAGCAGUAAGAAGUGUUCAAGCAUAAUCGGCGUCACUCGUACACCUGGAGUGAAAACGACUAUAACUAUUCCCCGCCCAACUCACAUCCUUCUGAGAGAGAAGGUGGUGAACAUUACCAACAAGCCUCCGCAAAAGCAGCUCACCCUCAAACAGAUCAAACAGGAGCCAGUCGAACACCAACCCAAACCUGCCUCAGCCACUCCUGCCAUGGCUGCCACCACAACCAAUGGAGUCGUGGCUCCGCAGAGCGUCCUCCAAACAUUAGUCCUGCCUACAGUCGGGCUGGUCCAGCCAAUCAGCAUCAACCUUAGUGACUUACAGAACGCGCUGAAUGUGGCAAUGGAUAGCAAUGUCAUGAGGCAAAUGGUCACUAGCACCAAUGCUAACGGAACAAGUGCUAAAAUCGUAGGACAAGUUCCAGCGCAGACUCAAGCUGUUGUGUUGCAACCACAGCAGACGCAGUCACAGACGCAGCCGCAGGUGAUCUCCGCUAUCUCUUUGCCAGUUGUGGGACAAGACGGAAACCCCAAAAUAAUCAUCAACUACAAUCCACAGUUAGACCGACAACUCAAGGCUGUAAAAGUAAACACAACGCAGCCCGCUGUGGGGCAAACUAACGUGACGCAGACGAAUUCCACAACGUCUAAUGUCCCACAGCCGAAAGUGUUGCAGGUUCAUUCGCUUCAGUCCAGCUCGUCUGAAAACCAAGCAUCAGGAACUGCUAAACCCACACAGGUAAACAUCAUCAAACCAGUCCAAAUGGGAAACCUCAGCAAAACGCCGUCUAUAAUCAAGAUAACCCCUGCCCAGGCCGCCAGGUUGGCGCAAGCUCGGGCGGCACAACCAAAGCUCACCCAUCAAACGUUACUGCUGGUGAGGAGGGCAGACGGGUCACAGAGCCUCGUGGUCCGCCAGAUGCCAGUCACCAAUUCCAACACGCAGGCCACAGAGUUAAAGUCAACCCCGGAAAAGACUACAGACACAGCAACUGAGGAGACGAAGGAGACUGACAAUACUGAAAAUUGUGAAGAGCAAAACUUGACUGCCCCCAUAGGAAUCCAAAUCAAAACCGAACCAGAAUCCCCAUCCAAAAUUGAACCAGAAAUACAGAGUGAAGGAGAGGGGGAGAUGCAGGCAGAUGAAAAUGAAGAGGAAGAAACAGAAACGGCAUCAAAAACGGAUAAAGUCUCGUGCUCUGGAACAGUUCACGCCGGCGUCUCGUGUGGAGAUAACUUUCAUAACUAUGCGUACUGUCUGCUUUGCGACAGCUGUCCGGGUAAACGUAAAAUGCUAGAGAGUAAAGAGAGUAAUGCCAAAGCGUCGCCUACCACCAUCUCACUCAACUCUCUCCUGGAUAAGGAUAAGAGUGGCGCAGCAGAACGACUCCUUCCUCUUCUGAAGGCCUACAGUCAGAACCCGGAGCCCACAGAGGAGCAGCUGGCUCAGGUCGCCAAGACAGUCAAACUCCCCCUGGCGGCGGUCACCAAGUGGUACGAGAAGAUGCGCUCCAAAAGGAUACUGCUGCAGGCUACUGGCAACUCGAAAAACAAGAAAACACCACCAUCUCCUGAGUCUCAAGAACCAACCUCAACUCAAGACACCCGCACUCCCAGUCCCACUCCUCCCCCUGACUCCAGCCCCUCAGAGGAGGAGCAGAACAGAAGCACUGCCUCCCCCGCGUCUCCACCAGCCAGUGUCUCCACUGAUGAUCUGGUCAUUGUGAAGACAGAAGAAGUGGAAGAGGAGCUGCAGUGUGAACCGCUGGACCUCUCGCUUCCCAAAUCCAGCUCCACUCUACCCGGAACCAUCACUAAGCUACCUGUAUCGUCCCAAAAGGAGCCACUCAACCUGAGCAGCCUCAAUAAGCAAACUCUGGCAGGCAACACCAUCUAUGUGGCACAGGGCAGUACGGGGCCAUUAAACAUUAUGUCCGCCUCAUUGCCAACGCUGGUGGCCAUAGCAGAGCCAGGCGGCGUUCCAUGCAUCAGCUCUGCAAUAUCCGGAAACAAGCGCACAAUACUCAUACCGCAGCUCACCUACACCUACAACAGUACCGAGGCACCCAACAAUGCCUUGACUGAGAAAAAGUCCAUGGUGAUACUCAACAACAGUCCGAAGAUGGCCGACGUCACUUCUGACUGCACAUCAGAAGAGCAGAACGAUGAAGAAAUGCAAAUCAUAAAGAGGAGGAAGACUUUCACUGGCAUGUACGCCUGCGAUCUGUGUGACAAAAUCUUCCAGAAGAGCAGUUCGCUGCUGCGACACAAGUAUGAACACACAGGCAAGCGUCCGCACGAGUGCUCCAUCUGUAAUAAAGCCUUCAAACACAAGCACCACCUGAUCGAGCACACGCGCCUUCACUCCGGAGAGAAACCCUACCAGUGUGACAAAUGCGGGAAGCGCUUCUCCCACUCGGGCUCUUACUCCCAACACAUGAACCACAGAUACUCCUACUGCAAGAGGGAAACACAGGAGCUGCCCGAACACAUAAGCACCUCCACCACUCCUCCAUCACAGCCUGACUCAGACGAGAGAGAGAGCGAUGAAGAAGAAGAGGAGGAGGAAGAGGAAGACGACUUAUCAGCCGUGGACAUGAGCGACAUCAGAGUGGUGCAGAUAGGAGACGAAUACGAUGAUGAGGAGGAGAGCGGAGUGGAAGAAGAGACUGAGGAUGGAGGAAUGAUAAUGGAGCUGGAGCUCGGGGAAAAUGUGGAGACGGAGGAAACGAGGGAGGACACGGUUUUCACUAGUAAUGAGGAAAACAUGGAGAUGGAAACUGAGGAUUGAAUUUGCUGUGAAGCCUCAGCUCUUUACUGUGUAUAAAUCCCAGGUGUGCCUGAUUUACAUAAAACAAUGAUUCCUUGUUGGAGAGAAGGAAAAAAGAACAACAAAAUAGGAGAAACUCCCAACACAACUAGACUUCAUAGGACUUCGGUUGUUUUGGCUUUGUUCCGUUACUGAUCCGGCCCGGUAUGUCAGUUUAUCUCAGUGUUCACGUGUUUUUCGUUGCUCUGUACAGUCAAGAUUUCUAUACCUUUAUAUUUGCCAAUGAAGUUUACGAAAAAAAUUCAGUAUUUUAAGAAAAGUUUUGAAAAACAAAGCUAAAAUUCUGCACUGCAGGUAUAACUGGUUUACUUACAGGGGUGAUUCUCAUGAAAACUGUCUAAGAGGGUCAUUUUUCACUCCAAAAAUUUUUACAAAUGUUUUAGGAGCAUCACAGGCAUUAUUUUAAUCAUAAUUUAACACCUUUCAGUAAUUUUCACAAUUGUAACAUUUGUACAGAUCCAUUGUAAAUAUGUUGAUUUUAUUUCAUGCCGUAUCUUUUGAAUUAAUGCCGUUUUUGAUAAUAAAAUAGGGUUGGGCUGAUAAACAAUAUCGAAUCGCUAUCAAAUUUAUGCGUAUAACUGGAGCUGCACGAUAUUGGAAAAAACUGACAUGAUUUAUUUUCAUUUACUGCGAUAUAUUGACCAUCUUGACGGAUGUAAACUAAAACAAUAGUCCCAACAUAUUCCCUCUCUUACAUUUUUAAUCUCUAUAGCUUCCGAGAAAACAAAAAGAGCCAUAUGUUGAUAAAUAAUGUUCUCAUAGCUGUUUUAACAGUAAGUUAUGAUUGAAUUGCCUCUUGUUACUAUUAUAAAAUAGUGUGAUAAGCAGGAAAUGUUCACAGGCCAAUGACAUGACCACACUGAAAUGGUCUCUAUUGCGAUAAAAAUGCAAUUUGACUUGAAUAGCUUGUAAAGAUCUAUGUGGAAUUGAUUGUUGGCUAUAGGGGAGCAUGUCUGCAUAAAAUAUUGGCUUAUUUUUAAAAUGACAAGCAAAGUUCAGUACAACAAAGAAAAGAUUCAAAUAAACAAUGAUUUAUGAUUUUCUGGAGAGUAAAGCAGUAUGCAGAAGCUAAAUUAAAUAAUCACUGUAUAAUAAUACCAACAACAACAACAUUGUUUUCAUUGAGUAAAUAAUUAUAUAAAUGUACACUUUAACCUUUAAGCUACAAAUAUUUGGCUUGAAUUUGCUUGAAAUGCUUGUUAAAAACACAUGCAAAUAAUAAACCUUCAGUCUAAGGGUAAAAUGUUAAAUUAUGGAUAUGUGCAUAAAAAAUGGUGUAUGGAAACGCCAAGAUGUGCUUACAU